AUGAUAUUGUUUUGUUGUUGUGCUAUUGAAAUUUGGCCGAGCAAUUUUCCAAUCGGGCCGACCGCCGGUCGAUCCGGGAAGGAAACGGCUCUCGCUCGGCCAGACGAACUUAGCGCGACAAAACCGUCCGCGCGGAACGCAGGACAGAGAAGGAACAGGCCGCGCUCGGCCGGAAUCACGUAUCGGGAAAGAAUCGGAUUUCUCGUCCAUUCGCAUUUGGCCGACCAAAUCGCACGGCCGCGACAAAAUCAUCGGCCAUCGGCCCAAACUUUUCUCGGCCAAGUCCAUACGCUCGCGCCUGAAAACGUUAAGAAACCUAAGAGACCUUUGAUCCAAGGUCCCAGAGAGCUCAAUGAUGUUCUUCUUCAGAACAUGUACGCCGGUUUUGCUGGUUCCAUGGGCCGUGGCGUUGAGCGUCACGACAUUUGGAGCUGGUCCUUCGAAAACGCCGCCAAGAAUUAG